GCAACAGUCUAAAUAAAUAAACAAAUAAUAAUAAUUAAAAUAUUUAAAAAUUAAUAAACAAAUUAUAAUUAAAUGAUUUAAAUUAUUUAAAAAAUAUUAAUAAUUGUAACAAUAAAUUAACAAUUUCAAUAAUAUAUUUUAGAUUAGAUUUUAUUUAAUUUUAAAAAUAAAUUACCUCAAUUUCUUUUUUCAUGAUAAAAUUAUUUUCCAAAAUUUAAUAAAAAAUAUUUUUUUUAUUAUUAUUUAUUAAACACAAUUGUUUAUAAUUAAUUAUUUAUUUUUAAUAAGGUUAUAAGACACUGUAACAUGUGCUCCAAAAAUAUUUAAAACAAACUUAAGGUAUUAUUACAAUGGAGCUUCAAAAAUUUUAUUUAAUUUCAUGAAAAUGAAUCUUAAUAAUUUCCGGAAUUUUCCGAUUAUUUCCGAAUUAAUUUUCACACUUCUCGAGUCCACGGUUUCCAAAGCAUGGAAAAAGUCUUUCUGUUUCAACUUUCAAGCAGAUAAAGACAUCAAGUCAUAUACCUGUUAGCCGGUGUAAAAUUAUAAAUCAACAAAAUUAUUAAUAAUAAUUUAAUAUUGUAUUUAGUAUUGUUAAAUAAUAACAACAUCAAGAUGAUGAGCAGAGCAAGUUUAUUGUCAAAAAAUACUGGUUUACUCAGAAAAUCAGCAAUGCUUCCACAAAUCAAUGCAAAUCCAAUGAUGGUAAAUCAAGUCAGAGAAAAAUCAGGAACACCAAUUAAUACAAUCGCCAUGUUUGUUCCACAACAAGAGGCAUGGGUUGUUGAAAGAAUGGGAAAAUUCAAUAGAAUUUUACAGCCAGGUUUAAAUUGGUUAGUACCAAUUAUUGAUAAAAUAAAAUACGUUCAAAGUUUGAAAGAAAUUGCAAUUGAUGUACCACAACAAAGUGCAAUUACAUCAGACAAUGUAUCACUUGAUAUUGAUGGUGUAUUAUAUCUUCGUAUUAAUGAUCCAUACAUGGCAUCAUAUGGUGUUGAAGAUCCAGAAUUUGCAAUUAUUCAAUUGGCACAAACAACAAUGAGAUCUGAACUUGGUAAAAUAUCAUUGGACAAUGUAUUUAGAGAACGUGAAGGUCUCAAUGUUGGUAUUGUUGAAAGUAUUAAUAAAGCAAGUAAUGUUUGGGGUAUCACAUGUCUUCGUUAUGAAAUUCGUGAUAUUAGACUACCAAAAAGAGUUCAAGAAGCUAUGCAAUCACAAGUUGAAGCUGAACGUAAAAAACGUGCUGCUAUUUUAGAAUCAGAGGGUGUUAGAACAGCUGAUAUUAAUGUUGCUGAGGGUAAAAGACAAUCAAGAAUUCUUGCAUCAGAAGCUGAAAGACAAGAACAAAUUAAUAAAGCUAGUGGUGAAGCUGCUGCUGUAUUAGCUGUUGCUGAAGCACGUGCUAAAAGUUUAGAAAUAAUUGGUAAAUCACUUGGUCUUAAAGAUGGUAAAAAUGCUGCAUCAUUAAAUAUUGCUGAACAAUAUGUUCAUGCAUUUGAUAAAUUGGCUAGAACAAAUAAUACUGUUAUUUUACCAAGUAAUGUUGCUGAUAUAUCUGGUUUUGUUACACAAGCUAUGACAAUUUAUAAAAAAUUGGUACCAACAAUUGAUGAUGCAACAAAUCAAGCAUCAUUGUCAUCAAAUCAAUCUGAUGCCAAUGAAGUUUAUGAAUAUUAUAGUGAUAAAGAAGAAGCUGCACAAAAAAUUAACAACAAAAAACCUCGUAGAUCAUAAUUCUCUUUCUUUUUUUUUUUUUUUUUUUCAUUUAAAAUGUUAUAAAAGUUAAUAAUAAGUUUAAAAAUAAAAUACACAUUUCUUAAAAUUUU